GGCAGCCCUGUUUUGACAACUGACGUGAACUGAAACAAGAUAAUAUUUUUAUUAAUAAUAAAAAAUAUAUAUUUAGCGUUAAUAAUUUUGAGUACAUAUUUUCUAAACUUCAAGACACAUUUGACUCAAGUAAUGUCAUUUUACCUUAAAAUCAAUAAAUGAAAACUGCAGUUACAUUGUUUUGUGCACUUUAUAAUUACAACGUCAACUCUGUUCCUCCUGCUUGCAUAAAUAAGAAGUUUUUCAAGUUUUUGGGUGCCUAGGUGACUGAUGAUAUUGAAUUUUGCGUAUCAUGUAUGAAGAGGAUAAUAAAACGAUAUGGUGCGGUAACAUAUCGGAACAAGUGACUGAGGAAAUUCUGUAUGAACUGUUUUUACAGGCAGGCCCUCUUGAAAAGGUAAAAAUUGUUAAAGAUCGAGAUGGAAGACAAAGGAACUUUGCAUUUAUAACAUACAGACAUGAAGUGUCUGUACCAUAUGCACUGAAUUUAUUUCGAGGUACAGCCCUUUUUAAUAAAGCAUUAUCAAUGCAUUGUAGAGGGCGUAUGGUUCCAUUACCACCUUCUAUUCGUGCAUAUGGUGAUGAAGUACCCCUUGAAAUUCAUAACCAAAAUGUCAUCCAGCAAUUUGCUGCCAUGACAGAAAAGAUUAAGGACGAUAGCCAAAGACCCAUGCCAUUAUUAAGAAGUGAAAUGAACAAUGAGCUUGUUAUGGCUAGCUUACAAGGAAAUUGGUUGCAUAGGCACCACCCAUAUCAAACUAAUGAUAACAGAAAGCAUGGGCGAGACGACAAUAGACAUAAAGAAAGUCAGAAAAAGCACUCAAGCCACUGGAAGGAUAGGAAAAGGUCAAGAAAUUAUAGAAGAGAUUAAAUAUAAAUAACAUAAGAGGACUAAAAUAUUGCUUUGUGGAAGAAAUAGUAAAUUUUAUUUAAAAAAUUACAAUUUAUUCACUUACUGAACUACCUAUUAUUGUAUAUAUGAUAUAAAUAAAAUGACAACAUCAAUAACUAUUAUAUACAUGCAUUUAA